CAUACGGAUCGAUCGUUCAGUCGUGUGAACCUAUGUGACCGGGUGCUAGUGUGACACCGUGACACACACACUCUGCACGUGUCCGUGCACCGACUACGAUCGAGGAUUUGUUAGGUUUAGUUGAGGUGGUUUUUGUUUUUUUAUGGGACUCCAGAAUUUGGUGCGAGCUCUGAGCUACGUGAACGUGUGAAAAAGGACAUUCGAAAAGGACACUCGGUGGAAUAGUGGACGCUCCUCAAAGCGUCAAUCUUUCGUACAGUGUAAACGAUCGUGUAAAACAAAAUGCGAUUGCUAGUGCUGCUGGGUUGUUUGCUAGCGGCAUCUAGCAGCAAUGCUGAGAUUACAACCGUCCUGGGGCAAAAUGGUUACGACUACACCCCACCGAAAGUACCAUUCCCGCCGCCAUCGAGUUGCCCCGCUGGUGGAGUUCCACCCUACUGUUGCACUAACGGCGGACAAGGACCGAACUGUGUAGUACCUAGACCGCCACCACCCCCACCUCCACCAGCAUGUCCAGCUGGAGGAGUUCCUCCGUAUUGCUGCACUAAUGGUGGAACUGGCCCGAACUGUUACGUUCCACCGCCGCCAACGCCUCCACCGACGCGGCCACCGCCACCUAGCUGUCCAGCAGGUGGAGUUCCGCCAUACUGCUGUACUAACGGAGGAAGUGGCCCGAAUUGCUACGUACCACCACCGCCAACUCCACCACCGCCUAGCUGUCCAGCAGGUGGAGUUCCUCCCUACUGCUGCACCAAUGGAGGUAGUGGUCCAAACUGCUAUGUCCCUCCACCACCAACGAGACCACCUCCGCCAGCUUGUCCGGCCGGAGGAGUGCCACCCUACUGCUGCACCAAUGGAGGAACUGGCCCGAACUGCUAUGUUCCACCGCCACCGACUCCUCCACCAACUAGACCACCUCCGCCAGCUUGUCCGGCCGGAGGAGUGCCACCCUACUGCUGUACAAAUGGCGGAACUGGACCGAACUGUUAUGUACCGCCACCUCCCACUCGGCCCCCAACUCGACCCCCUCCACCACCGCCAGCAUGUCCUGCUGGAGGUGUCCCGCCGUACUGCUGUACCAAUGGAGGAUCUGGUCCAAACUGUUAUGUACCGCCACCUCCCACUCGGCCACCAACUCGCCCACCGCCUCCACCCAGCUGCCCAGCCGGAGGAGUACCACCUUACUGUUGUACCAAUGGUGGUCAAGGGCCCAACUGUGCUGUACCGACGAGACCACCGAAGGGAGACGAGUACUUACCACCCUGUCCCAAUGGAGGUGUAGGUCCAAACUGUGUAGUACCGACACGUCCGCCAGUAACGCCUGCCCCUAGACCUCCAUUCGGAUGUCCUAACGGAGGAGUUCCACCGAAUUGUUGCACAAAUGGAGGACAAGGACCCAACUGUGUGAUUCCUAGACCACCUCCGCCACCACCAAGUUGCCCGGCUGGAGGUGUUCCACCCUACUGCUGUACGAAUGGAGGAUCUGGCCCGAACUGCUACGUCCCACCACCGCCAACUCCACCUCCAACUCGUCCUCCUCCACCACCGCCUACUCGACCUCCGCCAGCAUGUCCCGCCGGAGGAGUUCCGCCAUACUGUUGUACAAAUGGAGGAACUGGCCCCAAUUGCUAUGUUGCACCGCCACCAACAAGGCCUCCGCCACCUCCACCAAGCUGUCCGGCUGGAGGAGUUCCUCCUUACUGCUGUACUAACGGAGGAACUGGCCCGAACUGCUACGUGCCACCUCCGCCGACUCCACCACCGACUCGGCCACCGCCUCCUCCUCCGACACGCCCUCCAAGCUGUCCAGCAGGUGGAGUGCCUCCUUAUUGUUGCACCAAUGGAGGAACUGGCCCGAAUUGUUAUGUACCCCCUCCACCAACUCCACCACCAACGCGUCCCCCACCUCCUCCGCCAACUCGUCCUCCGAGCUGCCCUGCAGGUGGAGUUCCACCGUACUGUUGCACAAAUGGAGGAACUGGCCCGAAUUGUUACGUACCACCUCCACCGACUCCACCACCAACAAGACCUCCGCCGCCUCCUCCAACUCGCCCACCGAGUUGUCCGGCCGGAGGAGUUCCACCGUACUGUUGCACAAAUGGAGGAACAGGUCCAAACUGCUAUGUACCACCACCUCCGCCACCGCCCCCUACAAGACCACCACCGACUCGUCCUCCGAGCUGUCCGGCCGGAGGAGUUCCUCCUUACUGUUGUACGAAUGGUGGAUCCGGACCUAACUGUGUUGUACCAACGAGACCUCCGCCACCAACGACACAAACCAAUGAAUAUCUCCCACCCUGUUCUAAUGGAGGUGUUGGACCCAACUGCCAAGUACCACCAACUCGUCCUCCGAGCUGCCCAGCAGGUGGAGUUCCACCGUACUGUUGCACAAAUGGAGGAACUGGCCCGAAUUGUUACGUCCCACCACCGCCAACUCCACCUCCAACUCGUCCUCCUCCACCACCGCCUACUCGACCUCCACCAGCAUGUCCGGCCGGAGGAGUUCCUCCCUAUUGUUGUACAAACGGAGGAACAGGACCUAAUUGCUACGUGCCACCACCACCUACACCACCACCAACGCGUCUUCCACCCCCACCACCGACUCGUCCACCAAGCUGUCCGGCUGGAGGAGUUCCUCCUUACUGUUGUACUAAUGGUGGAACUGGCCCGAAUUGCUACGUACCACCUCCUCCGACUCCACCGCCGACGCGACCGCCGCCUCCUCCACCAACUCGCCCUCCGAGCUGUCCAGCCGGCGGAGUUCCUCCCUACUGUUGUACAAAUGGUGGAACUGGUCCGAACUGUUACGUUCCGCCACCACCGACUCCACCGCCUACUCGUCCUCCUCCGCCACCUCCGACUCGUCCACCAAGUUGCCCUGCCGGAGGAGUUCCUCCCUAUUGUUGCACAAAUGGAGGAACUGGUCCCAACUGUUAUGUCCCACCGCCACCCACGCCACCUCCCACUAGACCGCCACCACCGCCUCCGACUCGACCACCAUGUCCGGCAGGAGGAGUUCCUCCGUAUUGCUGCACAAAUGGCGGAACUGGACCGAAUUGCUACGUUCCACCGCCACCGACCCGUCCGCCACCACCACCAAGCUGCCCAGCAGGUGGAGUUCCGCCAUACUGUUGUACUAACGGAGGAACUGGCCCGAACUGCUACGUUGCACCGCCACCAACAAGGCCUCCGCCACCUCCACCUACCCCUGGCAAGGAUAAUGAAUAUCUCCCACCGUGCACUAACGGAGGAGUCGGUCCCAACUGCGUUGUUCCAACGAGGCCUCCCCCUCCGCCUACUCGUCCACCGCCAGCAUGUCCGGCCGGAGGAGUGCCACCUUACUGUUGCACUAACGGAGGAACUGGACCCAACUGUUAUGUUCCACCGCCACCGACACCACCACCAACCAGACCACCCCCACCGCCUCCAAGUUGCCCGGCCGGCGGAGUUCCACCUUACUGUUGUACUAACGGAGGAACUGGACCCAACUGUUAUGUUCCACCGCCACCGACACCACCACCAACCAGACCACCCCCACCGCCUCCAAGUUGCCCGGCCGGCGGAGUUCCACCGUACUGCUGUACAAACGGAGGCAGUGGACCGAACUGCUAUGUUCCACCACCACCAACUCCACCUCCAACUAGACCACCUCCACCGCCACCAACUUGUCCGGCCGGAGGAGUGCCCCCCUACUGCUGUACGAAUGGAGGAAGUGGACCGAACUGCUAUGUUCCACCGCCGCCAACUCCACCUCCAACUAGACCACCUCCACCGCCACCAACUUGUCCGGCCGGAGGAGUGCCUCCCUACUGCUGUACGAAUGGAGGAAGUGGACCGAACUGCUAUGUUCCACCGCCACCUACUCCACCACCAACCCGUCCUCCACCGGCAUGUCCGGCAGGUGGUAUUCCACCGUACUGUUGUACGAAUGGUGGAUCCGGACCGAACUGCGAAGUUCCGUCCCACACUCUGGAGGAAGAUGGCUACCAUUACAAACGGCCAAGCAAACCUUUUACGUUCUAGUUUUAAUAACAGCACAUGCGGUCGGAAGCUGUAUUUUAUGUUCAUUUAAAUUUGUCUUUACUACUUGUUUAAGUUGAUUCGUUCAUCUGUGAAUAGCAAUAAAAUCAAAAGCCUCUACUCAUGUACAAUUUAAACAAA